UCCCUCCUCCUCCUACUAGUAUAGGGUAUACAGACAUGGCUUAAUAAGACUGCCCUGCACUUACGCAAGUGCUAUUCAGGUAUACUAGCUAGGCAAGCUGUCACUGAUCGAAUUGGACUAGUAGCCAUUGCAUUAUAUUGCGUCCAUCGUAUGUAUCCACCAUGCGCGAUAGGCAGUUGAGCUAGCUAUAUAUAUAUGGGCAUCGAUCAUCUGCCGCCUGGGCUGCAGGGAUACAUACCUUCUUCUUCUUCAGAGGUGGAGGAGGAGGCGGUGGUGAUCAGCAUGGCCACCGUGGAGGAGGGUGAGAAGAAGACGCCGACGCCGACGAUGGCUUCGUCGUCGUGGUCCAUGGAGGCGGUGAUGCUGCCGGCGAGCAUGGUGCUGGUGCAGGCCUUCACCAUGGGCGCCCUCCUCCUCUCCAAGCUCGCGCUCAACGUCGGCAUGGAGCCCUUCGUCCUCCUCGCCUACCGCAACCUCAUCGGCGCCAUCAUCGUCGCUCCCUUCGCCUUCUACUUCGACAGGGGGAUGUUGCGCAAGGUGAACCUGCGGGUGUUUGGCUGGCUGUCGAUCAGCGCGCUGCUGGGGAUCGUGCUGGGGAUAGGUCUUUACUACUACGGCCUGCGCGCCACCACCGCCGCCUACUCCGUCAACUUCCUCAACCUCAUCCCGAUGGUGACCUUCACCAUGGCGGUGGUGCUCCGGCAGGAGAAGCUGGCGGGGCGGAUGAAGAUGGCGGGCACGGCCAUCUGCGUGGGCGGCACCAUGGUUGCCAGCCUCUACAAGGGCCCCCUGCUGCGCCCGCCGUGGCCCACGCACAUGCUCCGGCACCACCCCGCCGCCACCGUGCCCGCGGCCCACCACAACAUGGGCCUGGGCACCGUCUACCUCUGCGGCAGCUGCGUGGCCUACGCGCUGUGGUUCAUCGUGCAGGCCCGGGUGGGCAGGGAGUUCCCCUGCAAGUACCUCUCCACCGUGCUCGCCUGCGUCUCCGGCACCCUGCAGGCGCUGCUCAUCGGCGCCGCCGUCACCUUCUUCCAGGCCGGCGGCGGCUCGGCGGCGUCGUGGCGGUUGGGCUGGAACCUGCAGCUCGCGGCCGUCGUGUACAUGGGGGCCUUCAACACGGGCGCCACCUUCUGCCUCAUGUCCUGGGCCAUCGCGCGCCGGGGGCCCAUCUACCCGUCCAUGUUUAACUCGCUGUCGCUGGUGGCCACCACGGUGCUGGACUCGCUGCUGCUGGGCACCCUCGUCUCCGUCGGCAGCCUGCUGGGUACACUCCUUAUCGUCGUCGGCCUCUACGUGUUCCUCCGGGGAAAGGCCACCGAGGUACACCAGCAGCAGCAGCAGAACUUGAUUACUCUUGUAAAAUUUAUCCAUAGCUCCUCUAUGUGA